AGAGAGCGAGAGAGCGCGCGCGGGGCAGUGACGUCAGCGUCGCCAGCGGAAGGAAGAGGCUGAAGAGACAGGCAGGGCCUUCCGCGCCACAACAUCCCCGCCAGGUGCGGAUGGCGUCGGCGGUGCCCCCCACCCAGAGCCUGCGCCUGGAGAACGCGGCCAUUCUCUCGGAAGGGGCCUUGCAGGAUGGGCACCGCCUCUGGAUCGGGAACCUGGACCCCAAGAUCACAGAGUACCACCUGCUGAAACUCCUCCAGAAAUUCGGGAAUGUGAAGCAGUUUGACUUCCUGUUCCACAAGUCGGGGGCCUUGGAGGGGCAGCCCCGCGGGUACUGCUUCGUGAACUUCGAGACCAAGCAGGAAGCCGAGCAAGCCAUCCAGUGCCUCAACGGCAAGUUGGCGCUCUCCAAGAAGCUGGUGGUGCGGUGGGCCCACGCCCAGGUCAAGAGGUUCGACCCAAACAAGAACGAGAAGAUCCUCCCCAUCAGCCUCGAGCCGUCGUCCAGCACCGAGCAGGCCCAGUCCAACCUCAGCGUGAGCACCAAGAUCAAGGCCAUCGAGGCCAAGCUGAAGAUGAUGGCGGAGAACCCGGAGGCGGAGUUCCCUCCGGCAGCCUCGGCAUCCGCGGCGUCCACUUACGCCUACUUCCGGCCGCCGGACAAGAAGCGCUCCGGCCCGUACAAGGCCCGCGGUCCGGCCUGGAGGUCCAAGAGAUGAUCCCGACCCUCCUCAAAGCGGACUCGGGUGGGUUUGGGUCGUGAGAAAACGCCUCCGGGAAGAGCGAGUGGACACGUGUGGACCGGUCCCUGCACGCCGUCACCCGCUCGCACACGCCUGGGCAUUACACGGAUCAGGACUCUCGUUUUUAUAACACACGGCUGUACAGAAAUAAUAAAACUUGAUGCAGGCUUUCCAAACA